AUUGAGCUGCGCAUUGGGCAGUAGUACACAGUCGACGUCAUCGGGCCUUCCGUUGUGUGAUAUCCAUUAUUCUAAUUUAUGAUGUCUGGUUGUGUUGCUGUCUAACGAACAGGUACGUGAAGUAUUUUUAAAAUUAAAACUAAAAAAAUAUACGUAUAUUAUUAAAUAAUAGUGUAGACAAAACUAGAUCAAUAAGACAUGCCGGUUAAAGUUGCCUGGAAUUGUUGGCAACGCCAUAUGUAAUCGAUUCUCCGUUAUCUUUUCACUGUUCUCGGUUCCUAGCCUUUCAUUUAACCUGGAAAUAACACCAAAAAAUUUACUCCGAUCAUUUUAAACUGCUAAGCGAUGUUUCGAUUUUUAUCUGUUAGAUGGCUUUUUGUUUUAAUUUAAUAUUAGAAACGGAAAAUAUUACCCCGUAACGUUACUUAAUUGGAAAUGAAUUUUUUAAAGUUAUCGACAAGGUCGGGUCCACAUAUACGUGUUUUUUAUUGAGUCUAUGCGAGAACACUAUAGCCUAUUGUGCUCUCCCCUUUAAUCCCGUAUUGCGUUUCUUCUUACACACCGUGUACUGUGAAAAAUGACGAAAUGAUGAAAGUUACUACCUUUAGAAGCAAGUUCUAUUUUAGAUAUUUGGUCGUUUUUUUAACCAUCGGUUCUAUUUUAUAUUUGCUUUUAUAUUCGUCAGAAAAGGUGAAUGUUCCUUUCCAUUCUUCAGAAGAAACUGUGAAUAAAAAUUAUACUAUUUUGAUAUGGGAACAUGGAAAGAGGAUGCUGAGGAGAUUUUUCUAUUCUUACGGGAAGACUGAGCUCGAUCCUUUCUUAAAUUGCUCUGUGAGAAACUGUGAAGUGACAAUUCAUCACGAAGACUUGAGCAGGAGUGAUGCUGUUAUGUUUCACUUGCAUCAAACAAAAGGACCCCAUACUUUACCUAAAUUGCGAUUACCUAAUCAAAUAUGGAUAUUUUUUACGGAUGAAUCUCCAUUACACACCUUUCUUCUUACUCGAAAGUAUUCGAUGAAGGAUUAUAACGGGUAUUUUAACUGGAGCAUGACUUAUCGUGAAGAUUCGGAUGUUCCUGCUCCUUACGGAAGGACGAUUAGGUUAACGGAUGAAGAACGUCGAAACUUACCGCCGUUGCCAAAUUUUUUCAAGCAGAACCACCGCUUGGUGUCAAUUUUGGGGAGUAAUUGUGGAGGUCAAAAUCGUAGGUGGCAUUACGUCCGCGAGUUAAAAAAAUACUUGCAGGUAGAUGUGUACGGAGGAUGCGGAAAUUUGAAGUGCCCUGGACAUUUUACGAAAGAUUGUGAACCGAUGAAAAAUUAUAAAUUUUAUCUAGCAUUCGAAAAUUCAGACUGCAGGGAAUACAUUACGGAAAAACUCUGGUGGAAUGCUUAUCACAAGAAUGCUGUACCUGUGGUUAUGGGUGCACCCAAAGAGGACUACGUGAAAUUGUGCCCGCCGAAUUCUUUUCUGCACGUAGACGAUUUUGCUUCUCCACUAGAAUUAUCCAAAACUUUACUAUAUCUGUCUUCUAAUGAAACUGCUUAUAAUAAAUUAUUUGAAUGGAAAAAAGAAUAUCGCGUUUCAAACGAACACGGUUACUUAGGUUCUCCAUCUUUGCAUGUUUGUAGAAUGUGCGAAACUUUAAACAAUCCUAAAAAAAUUCCUAAAGUUUAUAAUAAACUAGAAGACUUUUGGAAUCCUACAAAAGAUUGCCGUCCACCAAAUUGGCAAAUUUGAAAUGUGGAUAUUCGUUGCCACAGCUUCCCU